AUGCGAUCAUGGCAUCUUCUUUCCCGCUUCUACAGCUCCCAAGCUAAAAGACCAAGUCGAUUUGCAGAGGGAACUGUCAGUCUCGAUCAUCCACAGUUUUUACAAAGAGGAAGAGCACUAGCCCUAUGGCGCACGAUUGUGCGCGGGUGUAGGAAUAUUUCAGAUGAAGGCACGCGGGAAGAGACGUUGCGGUUUGCAAGGGAGGAGUUUCGGAGGAAUAAGGAUGUGAGGGAUUUGGUAUGUUUAUACGCAGAUCCGGUACUUGAUAUCGACGGGGAAGACGCAGUGGGAGGGCAUGGAGAGGUAUAUUACUGGGCUCUGAAU